AUGGAGAGCAAAGGAUUUACAUCGUUCAGCUACGGCCUGGUUUUUCUUUUGGUUUUCCUGCACCCUAUAAAUGGAGACGUGAGCUACUCGAUCGCAGAGGAGAUGAAGCGUGGAUCUGUAAUCGGGAAUAUUGCCAAGGAUUUGGGACUCAAUGUGGGCCAGUUAUCUGCUCGUAAAGUACGCAUUGAUACGGAGGAUAGCAACAUACAACACUGCGGCAUCAACCUCAACACCGGUGACUUGAUUGUUCAAGAGAGGAUCGACAGAGAGGGACUGUGUGGUAAAAAAGCAUCAUGUGUUUUAAAACAGGAACUUGUAAUGGAGAACCCUUUAGAGCUACAUCAUAUAAGCAUCCGUGUUCUUGAUGUAAACGAUCACGCUCCACAGUUUAAUGAAGAUUCAUUAAAAUUUGAAAUCAGAGAAUCGGCAGACAAGGGGGAGCGUUUUCUUCUGAGAGAAGCACAUGAUGCAGACAUAGGUGAAAAUGCUGUUCAAAGCUACACGUUGCAGCAGAACGAUCAUUUUAAACUUAAUAUUAAUUCUAAACCAGGUGGGCGAAAGUACUGUGAAUUGGUAUUGGACAAAGAAUUAGACAGAGAAGAUAAAAAAGAAAUGAUGCUCUUGCUGACUGCAUAUGAUGGCGGCUCUCCUCAGAGAUCAGGCACUGUAGUCAUACACGUCACUGUGCUGGAUGCAAAUGAUAAUGUACCAGUGUUUAGUGAGAUGGUCUAUAAAGCUACUCUCCCAGAAAACUCUCCAAUUGAUACUUUGGUGAUUAGAGUGAGUGCAAGUGAUGCUGACGAAGGAUUAAAUAGCGAAAUCACAUAUGCAUUUGACCAUCUAUCUGAUGACGAUAGUGAUAUUUUUACUUUGCACCCCAAAACUGGACAAGUAUCUGUGGCUGGUGUUGUGGAUUAUGAGAAAGUGAAAUCUUAUGAAAUGCAAAUAAGUGCUGUUGAUGGCCUAGGAUUAAUUUCUUAUUCUUCUUUAAUUAUUGACAUUGUUGACACGAAUGACAAUGCCCCUGUAAUAAAUCUAAAGUCACUAUCUAAUCAAGUACCAGAAAAUGUUCCAGUUGGUACAGAAGUGGGCAUCAUUAAUGUGCACGACCGAGACUCUGAGCAGAACGGACAGGUCCGUUGCUCCAUUCAACAAAAUCUCCCCUUUAAGUUAGUUCCUUCUAUUUCAAACUAUUAUUCUCUGGUGACGACUGGAGAACUGGACCGAGAACUGGUGUCUAAUUACAACAUUACAAUCAGCGCUACCGACGAGGGCUCUCCUCCUCUAUCCUCCUCUAAAAGUAUUCAAUUGUCCGUCACAGAUAUUAACGACAACCCACCUAUUUUUGAGGAAACGUCUUACAGCGCAUACGUAAGUGAAAAUAAUAAAGCCGGCUCCCCUUUAUGUUCUGUUAGUGCCAGAGAUCCUGACUGGAGACAGAAUGGUAGCAUAAUAUAUUCUCUGCUAGCCGCUGAGGUGAAUGGUGCCCUGGUGUCUUCUUAUGUGUCUGUUAACAGCGACACAGGGGUGAUCCACGCUGUCAAGUCCUUUGAUUAUGAACACUUGAGGAGUUUUCAGGUCCGUGUCAUGGCAAGAGACAAUGGUUCUCCUCCACUGAGCAGCAACGUGAGUGUCAGUGUGUUUGUCUCAGACGUGAACGACAACUCUCCUCAGAUACUGUACCCCGCACCAGAGGGCAACUCUUUCAUGACUGAGCUGGUCCCCAAAGCAGUGCACGGUGGCUCUGUGGUAUCCAAAGUGAUCGCAGUGGAUGCCGACUCCGGACAGAAUGCCUGGUUGUCCUAUCAUAUAGUCAAGUCCACAGAUCCGGGACUAUUCACAAUUGGUCUCCACAGUGGAGAGAUCAGGACCCAGAGGGAUAUUUUGGAAUCUGACAGCAUGAAACAGAACUUGAUUGUGGCAGUGAAGGAUAAUGGGUUGCCCCCUCGCUCAGCCACCUGCUCCAUGUAUUUACUUCUUUCUGAUAACUUGGCUGAGGUGCCAGAACUGAAAGACAUUUCUUACGAGGAGAAGGAUUCCAAACUGACCUCUUAUCUGAUCAUCGCCUUGGUGUCUGUGUCCACCUUCUUUCUGACCUUCAUCAUAAUCGUCCUUGGUGUGAGGUUUUGUCGCAGAAGAAAGCCCAGACUGAUGUUUGACGGAGCAGUUGCUAUCCCUAGUGGGUAUCUCCCUCCUAACUACUCCGAUGUGGAUGGCACAGGGACAUUACGCAGCACCUAUAACUACGAUGCCUACUUGACAACGGGUUCCAGAACUAGUGACUUUAAGUUUGUGUCUUCAUACAAUGACACCACACUGCCUGCUGAGCAGACGCUGAGGAAAAGUCCAUCAGACUUUGUUGACGAACUUCAGGAUACGUUUGACCCUUUGGAGCGGAUUCUCGCUGUAUUACUCUUCUGA